CCCGCCUCCCUUCCGUCCCCGUGCCCGCUGCUUUUCCGUGUCCCCGUGUCCGCUGCCCCCGUCCCCAUCCCCGUCCCCUGCCCGGUUCGGCGCUGUCCCGGCACUGUCCCCGGGUAUCCCGGCCGUGUCCCCGGCUGUGCCGGCGGUAUCCCAGCCGUAUCCCCGGCCGUAUCCCGGCUGUCCCCGUGUCCCCCCCGGGCCCGCCAUGUCCCCGCGGGCCAUGCCGGUGCGUGUGCUGCGGCUGGGCGCGGUGCCGUACGCGGAGGCGCUGCGGGUGCAGGAGCGCUGCGUGGCGGCGCUGCGGGCGGCGCGGGGCGGCGCGGGGCGGCCGCUGCCGCUGCCGGUGCCGGUGCCGGUGCCGGUGGCGGCGGAGAGCGUGGUGCUGAGCGAGCCGCUGCAGCCCGUGUACACCUGGGGGCUGCGGGGCGCGCCGGGCGCGGCGGCGGCGGCGGCGCUGCGGGCGCGGGGCGCGGCGCUGGUGGCGGCGCGGCGCGGCGGGCACAUCACCUUCCACGGGCCGGGACAGCUGCUCGCCUUCCCCGUGCUCGACCUGCGCCGCCGCCGCCUGCCCCUGCGCGCCUACGUGGCCGGGCUGGAGGCGCUGGUGCUGCGGCUGUGCCGCCGCCUCGGGCUGGGCACGGCCCGGGCGCUGCCGCCGCCCUACACCGGGGUCUGGAUGGGCGACAGCAAGCUCUGCGCCAUCGGUGUGCACUGCGGGAACCACAUCACCUCGCACGGGCUGGCGCUCAACUGCUGCACCGACCUCUCGUGGUUCGAGCACAUCGUGCCCUGCGGGCUGGAGGGCAAGGGCGUCACCUCGCUCAGCCGCGAGCUGGGGCAGCACGUCGCCGUCAGCCAGGUCCUCCAGCCCUUCCUCGACUCCUUCCAGGAGGUGUUCGAGUGCACUUUGGUCUCCUCAGAGGACCCCGGGGACUAGGAUCGCUGUGCUGCCUUGGCCGGGUGUGUUGGCCCCAGGGCAGCCCAGGGUCUCUGUUGUGAGACAGUUCUUGUGCCUUUGCCUGGGGACUGUGAGUGGACUGUGGCACAGGGUUUCAGGCUGCUGCUGGAGCAUCCAACCCUGCCCUGUGAGUCUCCAUCCCUUGGCUGGGACCUCCAUGGGUACCACUGACCAUCCAACCCUGCCCUGUGAGUCUCCAUCCCUUACUGAGACCUCUGUGGGUGCCACUGACCAUCCAAACCUGCCCUGUGAGUCUCCAUCCCUCGGCUGAGACCUCCAUGGGUACCACUGACCAUCCAACCCUGCCCUGUGAGUCUCCAUCCCUUACUGAGACCUCUGUGGGUGCCACUGACCAUCCAAAGCUGCUCUGUGAGUCUCCAUCCCUUACUGAGACCUCUGUGGGUACCACUGAACAUCCAAAGCUGCCCUGGGGCUGUUCUCUGCAGCCCUGUGAGUCUCCAUCCUUCGCUGAGACCUCCAUGGGUACCACAGUCACUUGGUGGUGAAGUACCCAAACAGGUGCUUUUGUGGGGCUUUUUUCUGCUUUUUGCCCCACAGGAAUUAAAGAUUUGUGUGAAUGCUCAUGAAUUCACAGGAAUUCACAUGAAUUCAUGUGGGUCAUCCUUCCCUUGCUGGCGGAUAAAAAGAGAUUUUAUAUAUAAAGAGAGUUGCUGGGAA